AUGUUUGAGAACAAUAAAAAAGCAAUUCACGACCGGGUUGUGAUGUUAUGUGCUUUGGCUUUUGGAAAUGUUGCCAAUUUGAAGUGCGAACGAAAACUGCAUUGUUGUAUUGAUGUCAAUAAAGCGCGAGUAAAUGAACACGUUUGGAAUGACACGCUACAACUCAUUUUAUUGUCAUUUGCCUUCAACAAUUCACUGCCUCAAACAAUUCAAAAUUCAUUGUAA